CGGCUUCAUCAGGUCUACAAUGGAUUGUUGCUGCUGGAAUAGCAGGCGCUUCUUUUUACAGGGCCGAGUGUAGUUCCCUCGCCCUUUUUCCGGCCCUAACGCCACUGCUUUUCAUAAUCCAGAGGCAUCUUGGACACAAGCCUCCCGUCUUGCCAGCCACCGAUGCUUAUCCCCUCUCUCCUCUGGUCUAUUCAGGAUGGGGAGUGACUCUAGUGGCUUCUGUUGCCGCACUCUCCUUAUCGAAUGGUGACCUCUUCAAGUCAUUGUUGUCCAGCAUUCUCGUAGUCGCCCUUCUCAUUGUCUACGGCGCUCUUACAGCUAGACCUAAAGAUGGCCCUUACCAGAUGCCGGUCGUAGACAUUGAAGCAUCUAUAACUGGAGUUUCGAUACGGGUGGUGGCUCUCCUGGUGGUGGGCCUGGGGAUCCAAUCCAUUGCAUUGGGUCUUCUUACAAGUUCUGUUUUCUACGUCCUUCUCUUGGGAUUUUCCAAAGCUUCAUCAUGGUUCUUUAUGAUUCAGCUUACCCGAAACACCUCGUGGUUGAUGGCCACCACGAUAGGGACUUUUGCCAUCGCAGCCACGAGCAAUCCUUUCCGAGAAUCAUCGGAGAUACGAGCUCUAUGCCAUGUCAUGGUGUCAUUAUUUGCGCUCUGCCAAACCAUUCACUUGGUUCCGGGCCAGCCCAAGGGAAAAUCAAUUCUCUGGGGCUUUUUUCUCCUCUCUCUUCUUCCAUAUCUUUCCAAUAUCUGGGCGAUUCGAAAUGCACAACCCUCUUCACUGAAUAGCUCUAUGGCAAUGCCGGUGCACCCAGUUGAAGCGUUGGUUCGUCACGCAACGGGCAACUUCGAACAGCUUCUCCGAAACCAGUCGAAAAGCUAUGAAGCCGCUAGCGACGAAUAUCGACGACGAUACCACCAAGAGCCGCCGCCAGGUUUCGAUGCCUGGUUCAGGUUUGCAGAGUCAAAUCAAUCGCCGAUUAUUGAUGAAUAUGACAUGAUUUACGACAUUGUUUCGCCUUUUUGGAAACUGAGUGGCCAGGAGGUGCUCAAUGUGAUGGCAAAGAUGAAGGGAACACCACGCAGCGAGGUUUGGCUCUGCGACUUUUCAGGAAAGGAAGCCAAAACCAAGUGCCAGCACCCUUACCGGACUUUUGAUAGACACUACAGUCUUCUUUUCGACACCCUCUUGGGCGAGCUUCCCGGAGAGCUUCCAGACGUCAAGUUUCUCAUCAACCACUUUGACGAACCAAGGGUUCUUAUUCCCCCCAACCCAACAGCAAAGUUUAGUUCGAUCGACAUGUCCAAGAGGUCAACUUGGGAAAGGCUCAGCUUCCCUUGUGUCUAUUCACAGAGAAAAGCCGGCAGUUCUUACCCUGAGCCUGCGGUAGAAACAUUCAACAUGCCGUUUGUCAAAAACCAUUUCUCGGCGAAGGACUUGUGUCAACACCCCGAGUACGAAAAUAUGCACGGCUUUCUCAUGAGUCCGAAAACCUUUCACCUCGUCGAAGGAUUGGUGCCGAUACUGUCGACAGGUGCUCCUUCAACAAUGGGCGACAUUCUCUUCCCAAGUCCAGCAUACAUCGAAAAAGAGUUCCAAUACGACGUCUUGACCGAUGUAAAAUGGGAGAGUAAAUGGAACAACUUGUACUGGGCUGGCUCAACAACAGGUGGAUUUGUCCUCGAUGACGAAUGGCGACACCACCAACGACAGAGAUUUGUGGCCUUGGCUCAGAACCUGGAACGGAAGCCACACUCUUAUCUAAGACAAAAGAACGGCAUGCUUGGACAUGUAUACUCGACUUUCCUCAACAGUCGGUUAUUUGAUGUUGCCUUCACUAGGAUCUUCCAAUGUGAAAGACAAUACUGCAGAGAUCAGAGCACCUACUUCAAGACUAAAUCUUGGGCAGACAAGGACGAGGCACUUCGAUCACGGCUCGUGUUCGACACGGACGGAAACGGAAUAAGCGGGCGUUACUACAAGCUUCUGGCAUCAAACUCAGUACCGUUAAAGCAGACCAUAUUUCGAGAAUGGCACGACGAGCGAUUGAUGCCCUGGGUUCACUACGUGCCCGUCAGCCAAAGUCUCGAGGAGCUUCCCGAGCUUGUCUCCUACCUCACUUCAACUGAAGAGGGACAAAAAACAGCUAAGACUAUUGCGGAACAGGGAAGAGACUGGUUUUCAAGAUCUCUGAGGCAGGUCGAUAUGACCGUCUAUACCUACAGGCUACUAUUGGAACUGGCUAGGUUGCAGGAUCCGAAAAGAUUAGCGAGUUAAAAGGUGUAAAGACAUUGGAUAAAAGAAUUACGUAUAGGAUCUGCAUUUAAUUGAG